UGGAUACCAGUUGUCAACAAAAGGUAUUUUUUACUUUUCUCCCUCAAAAUAUCACUAAAGCACCGCAUUAUUGUUGUCCAGUAAUUGACAACCUGCGAAGCGAAGCAAAACACAUGGGAAAUAUUCUGAAUGAAGAAGAGCAUGAGCAUCCUCUGAUAAAGUCAACACUGCCACCACAACCACACGGAUCCAACAAUCACUCUCUCUUCCAACGAUCAUGUUCCGAAUCCAAGAAGCUAUGGCACAUCGCUGCCCCCUCCAUCUUCACCCGCCUCGCCAUGUUCUCCAUCACCGUCGUCACCCAGUCCUUAGCCGGCCACCUCGGCGAUCUCGACCUCGCCGCCAUUUCCAUCGCCUGCACCGUCCUCAUCUCCAUCACCUUCGGUUUCUUGUUGGGUAUGGCGAGUGCGCUUGAGACACUAUGCGGGCAGGCGUACGGCGCCGGACAACAGCGCAUAUUGGGCGUUUAUUUGCAACGCUCGUGGGUUGUUCUGUUCCUGUCUUCCAUUCUGUUGUUGCCGGUGUUCAUUUUUGCGACGCCGGUGUUGAAGCUAAUAGGGCAGCCCGUCGCGGUGGCGGAGCAGGCGGGGCUGGUGGCGGUUUGGUUGAUCCCAUUGCACCUGAGCUUCCCGUUCCAGUUCACUUUGCAGCGGUUCCUGCAGUGCCAGUUGAAGACCGGCAUCAUUGCUUGGGUUUCAGGGGUGGCUCUUGCGGUUCACGUGUUAGUGAGUUGGGUUUUUGUUUAUAGGAUGAGAAUUGGGAUUGUUGGCACUGCUCUUUCCAUUGGUUUCUCGUGGUGGCUCUCUGUUUUGGGAAUGCUCGGGUAUACACUCUUUGGUGGUUGCCCUCGCUCGUGGACUGGUUUUUCUGUUGAAGCUUUUGUUGGCCUUUGGGAAUUCUUCAAACUUUCUUUGGCUUCUGGGGUCAUGCUUGCGUUAGAGAAUUUCUAUUACAGACUGUUGCUUAUAGUUUCUGGAUAUAUGCAUAACACUGAGAUUGCAAUUGAUGCUCUUUCCGUUUGUGUGACUAUUUAUGGUUGGGAGUCCAUGAUACCACUAGCAUUUUUGGGCGCAACCGGGGUGCGUGUAGCAAAUGAGCUUGGUGCAGGCAAUGCAAAAGGUGCAAGAUUUGCAACUGUGGUUUCUGUGGUAACUACUUUAUUUGUGGGAUUUAUAUUUUGGUUGGUAAUUGUGUCCUUCAACAAGAAUCUUGCCUUGAUCUUUACAUCGAGCUCUUCCGUUAUCCAAAUGGUCAAUGAGCUGGCAAUGUUGUUAGCUUUUACUGUUCUUCUUAAUUGCAUUCAACCAGUUCUUUCAGGGGUGGCAGUUGGGUCUGGUCGUCAAGCAGUAGUGGCUUAUAUAAACAUUGGCAGUUACUACUUGAUUGGAAUACCUCUUGGGGUUCUCCUCGGCUGGUUGCUUCCUUCGGGUAUUGGUAUGUGGACUGGAAUGAUGAGUGGAACAGUGGUUCAAACAUUGAUCUUGGCUAUUAUUACGAUGAGAUAUGAUUGGGAAAAAGAGGUACAGAAAGCCCAAAUUCUUGUUGAAGAGGAAGCAACAUUCAACGACCAAUAACAACGGUGAAAUUUGUAUUUAAUGAUUAAGGAAGCAACGGGAGCUUGUAAAAGACGCAGUUGCUCAAAUAAAACUCCGCGUCUACUAUACUGGUGUGUUUCGGAAUGGGUUUGAAAGAGGAACUUAUAGAUAAUGUGGAAAAAGAUAUGAUGAAUUCAUAAGCUUGUGAAGUAUGUGAAAUUGGAUGAGUCGUCUUCAAUCACUGAUAAUAGUGAAGUUGACGCUGAACAGAGGGACAAUCUAUGUAUAGAGUGAUGAUGAUGAGGGGAAAAGAUUAGGAUGCCUUUUCUCAUGUUUUUAUGUCGUGUUUUUUGCUUGGAACUGGAUUCUCUUCAUUUAUUGCUAUAGAGACCAGUAGAAGAGAUACGCACAUAGGUUUUGUGAAAUGUGUUUAUCUCUCUCCUACUAGACCAUGCCAUAAUGGAGAGGAAGUUAACUCUCUUUGGUCGAAUGUGUUUCAACACACAUUUUGGGAAGAGAUAAAAGGAGUAAUAGGUUGGGUCUCACAGAUAAAGUAUUUAGCUUAUCCUAAUGAGAUGAAUUGAGUUAUGUACUCCAAUCCGCAUAAUUCAAUUUACACAAUCCACUAAUCCAAUUGGUUAAAUGACAGGUUUGGUUGGACGGACCAGUCCCCUUCAAUUAAGUUAAA